CUCGACCGCCGCUAAGGGUCUUGUACAUAUCCGCAUCGCGCAUCACUUUUCGCGACUUGGGAUCAACAGACCAUUGGAACCAUGGCAACUCUCCCGAGAGGUGCUAACAGCCUUCAGCACCAAAUAUUCUUCCGGCAACUGCCCAAUUUCCGAGCCGCCGCCCUUCAAUGUCGAAUCACCAGCCCGUCUACGCUUCGCUGCUUCACAUCCUCCACGGGCCUCGGCGCCGCGGCAGCACGCAAACCUGUUCCUAAGCCAACCGUAACCGCGUCGCCCAAGGCGCCCGUUACCAUCAAACCGUAUGCGGUCAAAGAACGCAGUCCCGAGGGCGCUUCCGGGUCCAUCGUCGACCGUCUCGCUGCCCACGCAGAGCCUUUGCUUCUAUACCAAUCGCCCUCUCAAGCUGGUUUUCGCACAGUGGCAUACUCUGCAGCGUUCGCAUGCUUUGGUUCAGCUGCUCUUACCUACAAGUUCUUGUACCUAAACCUGCCGCCAGAUGUCGCGCCCUGGGUGGGCGCGGGCUUCGGUGUAAUUGCCAUUUUUUGGUCAGGGUUUGGAACAUUUUUGCUUGCGGCACCGGAUAAAAUGGUCAGGACAAUCAAGGCUCUCCCAAAGACGGGAAGCAAUGCGCGAAACGUGAUGUUGAGGGUGGAGGUUUCGCAUAUGCCCAUACUCAAGAACCGGAUAAUCGACGUUCCGGCUUUACAAAUCACAGCGGAUAACCCCAUAGGCGAGGUGACAUUCGAGGUUCAAGCGAUUAAUCAAAGUUUCGCUGAGGCCAAGAAAGCGGCGGGUGCUAACGAUCCGUUGGUACUGAAGCCGUUCUUUGCGACCGGCAGAUUCAUCAACAGGGCGUUGUACUCUUUGAUGAAUUACACGAAGAUGGUGCUUAUGAGGCAAGGUUUUGUGCGGCUCCAAAUCCAGGACAAGGGUAGAUUCAAGGUUGAUACGCGGGGAUGGGUCUUGGGAGAUGGAAAGCUUCUCGACCAGGUGAUCAGGCCACGAUAGAGGCUUUGCUCAAAGUGUCCGUCUAGUCAACACUGCGCUAGGUAUUCAGAGGAAAUGGCUGCCAAUGUGGUACGAUCGCUUGUACGGGAAGCGCUGUCAGAUAUGAUCCUCUUGGGGUUUUAAACGCCACGGAAAGUACUGCGUAACUGUGGUAUACUUUUAUCAGUGGUGAAGCGGCUUGAAACGAACAUGGCUUCACGCAGGAGUUAGGCCUGCUGGAACAUUUGGGUGUUGACACUAUUAGAAUUGAGUAAAGGGCUGUAUAUAUACUUGUAUUUCCUGAUAAGAAGACUCACAAGCGAAAAGAAACAGCAUUUUGAAUCCG